GGUGUUUUAGUUUGAUUCUAGCUUUUUGUGAAAGAAAUAUUGAACAUUUCAAUGGAAAUUCUGUGAUUGUUUGUAACGGAUUGUGAAGUUUGUUGCUGGUGAUCUAAUCAGACUCUUACUUAACUAACCCUCAGACAAGUCUUAGCAAAAAAUGUGGUUUGACAUCUCUAUGCCAGGAUGUGAUACGGGCACUAUCAUCGAAUCCAUGCCGGCUGUGGAGUAUAAUGUGUUCACAUGUUGGGAAAUGUAAUCGGAAAAGUGUCGUAAAAUUGGUCAUUCUAACCGUGUGUGUAUUAAGUUGUGUUCCACUUGCCCGAGGUCUUACUAAACCCAACCUUUAUCCGUUUGGGACGUCAGCUUCGGACAUCAUUACAGAUAAGGCAGACGACGGAGGUUCUAAAAAGAUUGUGCUGAAAAAUCCUUUCAAAUUUUUUGGCAAAAGCAAAUAUAGUCUUUUUGUCAACAACAAUGGUCUUAUUACGUUUGACGCCCAGCUGAGUGAGUACAAACCUAAGUCCUUUCCCCUCCAAGAGAAUAUCCCCCUAAUAGCGCCUUUCUGGGCGGAUGUCGAUGUCAGCAGAGAUUGGUCUAAAGGAAACAUUUGGUACCGACAGGAGAACAGUUCCCUUCUCCUGAACAGAGCAUCCCAGGAAAUUCAGAACUACUUCAUAUCGCAGAGAAACUUCCACGCCAACUGGCUGUUUAUUGUAACCUGGGACAAUGUCGGAUUCUAUGGUGCAUCUGGACCAGGCCGAAACAAAAAAAACACCUUUCAGGCUGUGCUUGUAAGGAAUGAGGAGAGAUCUUUUGUUAUUUUUAAUUAUUUACGAGUAGAGUGGACUACCGGCAGUAACAGUUUGGGUGAUCCUUCCACUGGACUAGGGGGCAGCACAGCUCAGGCGGGGUUUAACGCUGGGGACCAGAGGAACUAUUACUCCAUAGAAGGAGCCCAGACACCUGACGUUAUUAACUUAACACUGACCAGUAACGUGGGUAUCCCUGGAAAAUGGGUUUUCCAAGUAGACGGAGAUAAUAUUCUGGAUAUCAAAUGUAGUCAUGCUGAACAAAUUAACGUUUUUCCUAAAGUUGGAUCCAUGUUUGGAGGCGAGGAAAUACGAAUAUCAGGACCAUGUUUCAGUUCAGCAUUUACAAUUUUUGCCCGCAUCAAAGAAACUAAUGAGACAUUUCAGUGCACGACUAUUAAUGACAUAUCAGGAGCUUGUAUCAUGCCCAGUGUUUUCCGCACCGGUCAGGUGACAAUAGAGGUUAACCCCUAUGAAAUGGGUUGGAAUUAUUCCUCUGCUUAUCAGAUAGAAAACGUAGCGUUUUUGACGCCAAAAAUCAUCCGCCAUAAUCCCGACUUGUGGGUCAUCCAAAAUAAUGUGACCAUGUCCUGGAAUUUAUCCCUUACUCCGUCCUCUCUUUUCUUCCUGGACAUACUGGCCUAUCAGAAUAUAAAUGAUAGUGGGCCUAGCUUUGUUACUGUUCACAGUGAUGAACUCUUUGACCUUCAGACUCCAAUUAACUCAUCCAUUGCAUUCACUUCCUUCAUAUUAGACGGGAAUUUGUACGAGAGUAUGACGUCACUGGUGUUGCGUGUAAGAUACAAUACCUCUGCUGGAUUUAGUUCGAUUUGGUCAGACGUAUUCCCAGUACGAUGGUCCUCACCUGCAAAUGCAGAAAAAAUGUGCCAAAAUUGGAUAAAGAGUUCACUUCCUUUACUAAAUGAAACUGAAUCGACUUGUCCAUGUACAUUAAGACAAGCAUCACGUGAUACUGGGCGCUAUUUUGUGGACCCUUUAUGUAACCUUCAAAAUAAUCACAAAGAUACAAAUUGCCUGUACAACCAGGGUGCAGUUCAGUGCUUCCGGAGAAUGCUGCACAGCUUAUCUGUUAGUGGGGAAACGUGCUGCUACAACAGGGAUGGAGAACUGUUGGAUGCACGUGAUACGCCUCACGCUGGAGGGACCCGUUCUCUCUAUCACAUACAGGCACAGGGAAGGGACGUUGUGCCUUUCUUCUCUUAUUUCAAGAACGAUUUGGUGCCUUUUGUUCAGUGUUGUCAAUAUUCCUACAAUAAUACCAUGUGCCAACAUUUCUUAAAACUUCGACCGCCAACAACGUGCCAAGCAUACACACCGCCCACUCCUGCCCAGGCAGCUGGAGAUCCUCAUUUGACAACGUUAGAUAGGAAAGAUUAUACUUUUAAUGGCAUUGGGGAUUUCGUCUUACUGCAAGACGUCAAUUCUUCUAUGGUUGUGCAAGUGCGCGCCAUUCAGACGAGGGACACCGGUGGGCUUUUACAAAACGCCAGUGUAUUUUCUGCAAUAGCAAUGCAAACGAGAAAUUCUGACAAAAUCGAAAUCUACAAAACUUUUGAUGGAAUGGCAGAGAUUUUAGUAAACAAUGACUCUGUAGAACUUGUAGAAACUACCUCAAACUUUAAUGGUGUUAAUCUGGAGAUGGGAGAGAGAGAGGACUCUAAAGUGAAUGUUCUAGUUGUGUUUGAGAAUGAGGAUUUAUCCAUAUCAGUCGAUGUGUCAAAGGAUCUCCUCAACGUUCUAGUCAUGAUCAGUGGAGAAAGAUACAAAGGCCAAAUUCGUGGCUUGCUUGGUAAUUUUAAUGGAGAUGACAACGAUGAUUUCAUAACACGACAAAGCGAAGUGCUACCUGCUGACGCCUCAAUGGAAGACUUGCAUUUUAAAUUUGGAAUGACCUGGGAGGUGCAAAAUGAUGAAUUGCUAUUCACACACCAAAACACCGAAAGCAAUGCAAUAAAUUACACACCAAUAUUUCUGGACGAUAUCGGAAAUCCGGACCUAAAUUUUACUGCUGUUUUAGAACUAUGUGGUGAUAAUAAACAGUGUCAAUAUGAUUAUAGUGUCACUAAAAAUGAGAAUAUAGCGAAAGGGACCAUGCAGUUUAUAGAGAAAUUUAAAGAAAUUGAAAGUGAUGUGCAGAAAGUUGUAAGGUGCCCGUUUUUGGAUGUACCUACGAAUGGAAAUCGCUCAGUAAGCGGGUACUCUGUAGGGGCCAAUGCCACAUUCUGGUGUCUCGAGGGUUUCCAAAUUAUUCAGGGUGCGUCCUUCAUUGAGUGUAGAGAAGAUGGAGGGUGGUCAGGGGCUACACCUAUGUGUGUUAAGAAAGUUGUUGACGAGAGUUCAAUCAGCGGUUUGGUUGUAUACAUAGCAUCCAGCUCUGGAGCUCUGGUUGUUGUAGUUGUUAUAGCAAUUGUUCUUAUGGUGCUCAUAAAGUGUAGACGAAAACCCAAACCAGAGGCGGAUCCGGAAAUAAAUGGACCUAUAUUUGAAAAUCCCGUUUUUCUGGAAAGUUUAUCGACGUUGGGAAAUGGAGGAGCAUUUAAAAUCCCUCGUCCUACUUACGUGGAUCCUAACCUGCUGGACGACUAUUUUUUCUAGUGGCUUGUUGUGAAUUUAGCAAACAUUUCUGUGGUGCAUCACUCUAGUCAGUGGAUCUUUGAACCAGUCUUUCAAAAUAAAAACUGCAAUAUUUUGACCGCCUCUCUGUUCUAGCCAGUCAUUUCAUUGUUAGAUAUAAUCCUGUUGAUUGUUAUAACGUUUAAAGACAACCAUUUUUAUAGGAGUAAUCUAGAGUAUGGUUUUAUGUGUGUUUAUUAUCGAUAGGAUGAUUUUAGUGAUUUUUAUCAUUCCAAUCAUCGGCAAUGUCCUCAUCACUUUAUCAUAGUUUGUAUAUUAUCAUUUCUACUUUCAAUGUCAUGGAUGGGAGAAAUAUGAGCGAGUGUUCAGUGAACUUCGAAUGUGAGCCAUUGUGAAACUGUCACUGUUAUUUUUAAGAAUGCUGCAUGGAUAUGUGCCGAGUAUAAGUUUGUUGAACAUGAUACAAAUUAUUUGUAUAUAAUGACGGAACAAAAUCUUGAAAUGAA